GCAUCAUCAUGGUCAAAGGCAUAUUAAUUAAUCGUAAAUCGGAUGAAGCCCUCAAGGCCCAGCUAAAAAUGGAGCAUGCCGAUUUGGUGGCGGAAAUGCAAACUGUCGAAAAUUUACCCACACACGAGCGACUGCAAUUGGCAAGACUGCGACGAGCUCAACAAUUAAAAGUUGCCCGUCAAAAAGAAAAAGAAUGGCUAAAACUCCAGCGAGCCAAAGGUGUCAAUUUAUCCACCCUCAACGGCCUGAGCACCACACAUCACUUUCGCAAUGGCACAACGUCCGGCAAAGGUCACAUUUCGUUCGAAAACAGUGUAGUUCUGCUGGAGGCUGCGUCGCGCAAUGAUAUGCAAGAAGUUGCCGAAUUGCUGGAACAUGGCAUAACACCGGAUGCCGCCAACGAAGACGGUCUGACGGCACUGCAUCAAUGCUGUAUCGACAACAAUGUGGAAAUGUUGAAACUUUUAUUGGAAUAUGGUGCUAAUGUUGAUGCACAGGACAGUGAUAAAUGGACGCCAUUGCAUGCAGCGGCCACCUGUGGUCAUUUGGAAUUGGUGCGAAUACUUAUCGAUCAUGGUGCUAAUCUAUUGGCCGUCAAUACGGAUGGCAACAUGCCGUAUGAUCUGUGUGAUGAUGAAAAUACGCUGGACUAUAUAGAGGCUGAGAUGUCGAAACGAGGUGUUACCCAAGAACUAAUCGAUGAGACAAGAUCGGCAACGGAAAGGCAAAUGUUGAAAGAUUUGCAAGAGGUGUCGAAAAAUGGUGGGGAUCUUGAACAGCCCGAUGAACAGGGUGCAACGCCGUUACACAUAGCUGCCGCUAAUGGUUAUAUCAAAGUAGUUGAAUUCCUGUUAGAACAACAUGUCAAUGUUGAUGCCGUAGACAAGGAUAUGUGGUCGCCAGUACAUGCAGCAGCCUGUUGGGGCCAUCUUGAAGUAUUGGAAAUGUUGGCGCAAUGUGGUGCUGAUUUAAAUAUCAAAAACAAAGACGAUGAAACGCCUUCAGAUAUCUGUGAAGAUCCCGAGAUACGUGAACGUAUCGAACAAUUGAAAACGGAACAGGAAAGUAAACGUUUAGCUGAAGCACAACGAAGACGAGUAAGACGAUCUCAAAGUAAUAAUACAAGAGCACAAUCGGUACGACGCACCUCCUUACGCGACAAAACGCUAACAACCAAAAAAGAUGCCGCCGAAGAAACCCGGUUACGUCUACAAGCACAAGAUGUUUUUGCUCCUGCCCCCGAUAGCACAACAAUGGAUCCAAACGGUCCGCGUGAUCAUGUCCUCGACACUGCCGCCGAUUGGCUAACAAACACGACGGCAAACAAUCAGCAGCAGCAUCAUCAUCAUCAUUCACACAAUGGCAGCAGCAGUAGCGGCAGCAUUAACAACAAUACCUUAAAAAUGAAUAACAAUCAUAGAAAUUCCUACGAUCCUAGUAUUCAAGAUUUAGUAGAUUCGACCAGUGCGCCACUAAACACUAAUAAUUCCAUACAAUCAUCCUCCUCCAUGGCCAUGGCAAUGCAUCACCAUCAUCAGCAACAUCCAUCACAACAUUCCUAUCAGCCACGACGACCGCCAGAGGGUCGUGAAAAUGAUGAAUUACAAAUGCAAGCAUUUAAAACCAAUGGUGAACAACAACAGCAACAUUCCACAGGUGGUGAUAUGGGUGGCAUCGGUGGCGGUAGCAGUACAACGACCACAUCCGCAUCGGCAGCUGUUAUUGCGGCAACGACAAAACAUUCGGGACAAAAUGAAGCUGUACAAAUACAGUCGAGUAAAGAGGCGGCGAAUGGUAAAAUAAAUGUCCAAGUGACGCAUCAUCAUAAUCAGCAAAACCAACAACAUCUACAAAUGCAUCUUCAUGGUCAUGGCCUUCAUAAUUUGUCGUCCAACACAACAGCACAACAGCAACUGCUUCAAUCAAUGGAUCCUUCUGCUGCCUCCAUGUCCACAUCCAUCUCCUCCUCCUCUAAUCCUCAAUAUUUGGCAAAUGCAACAACAUUGGCCAAUUUGAAAAAGCAACGUUCUCUGUCGCGUUCUAGCGUUUUCAAUAAUUGUGAAAAUGGUUCUGUUUUAGGAGCCGCCAACACGACAACAACAACAACCACACAUAACCCCAACAAUAACAACAAUAAUAAUAAUCACAACAACAACCAUCUGCUAGAUCAUCAUCAUCAGCAGCAUCAGGUGAAUACCCAACAACCGAUGUCCAACAAUGGUCUACAGCAUCCAGCCCUAAUGGAUUACAAUGGCUUAAUGCAUCACCACGAUCCAUCAUCAGUAUCGGGUGCCGGAGUUGGAACUGCAACAACGGGGACUUCGUCAACAAGUGGCAGUAGUGGUGGUGGUGUAAAUAAAUUUAGUGGUAUUACUGGUGAUGUAGUCAGUGACAGUACCAGUUCCAAGAAAUGCUGUACAAUAAUGUAAAUUUAGAGCAA